AUGUUUGCGUCAGAUGACCCGGUCGGCGGCUUCUUUGCGAAGCUCUUGGCCUGCCCCGCAGGGCUCUGCAUCUUCAUCGGAGCCGGGCUGGUUGCGAAGCUGCGGGGCAAACAUUCAUCCUUUGAUGCCAUGUUCAAUCUCUGCGGGAUGGCUUUCUUUGCGCUCUUCAUCGGCCUGACGAUGACGGUAGUCGAGCCGUUCAAGUGCCAGCCAAAUCCAGAUGGAACUUGGUCGCUGUCCUCCAAUCCGGCGAUUAUCUGUUUUGAUUCCCCGGAGCACUGGGCCAUGCUGGGGCUCUCCUGCUUCGGGUUCAUCUGCUAUCCCAUGGCCAUCCUCUCCUGGGCGGCUUACGCGGUGAUCAUGUACCCGGUCUGGAUCACCAGUGGGGCUGGCCUGCGUAUCGUCAGCCGCCAUCGCUUCCUCUUCCAGCGCUUCCGGCCA